AAUAUUUUCUGUCCCGGUAGAAAUGCGACCUGCACCGCCUGGAGGACGGCCCUCCGUUGAAGGCGGAGCUGACCCGGGAGCAGGGCCUGCAGUAUUACCGCGUCAUGCAGACCGUGAGGCGCAUGGAGCUGAAGGCUGAUCAGCUCUACAAACAGAAGAUCAUCAGAGGCUUCUGUCACCUGUAUGAUGGACAGGAAGCGUGUGCAGUGGGCAUCGAGUCGGGCAUCAACCCCUCUGACCACCUGAUCACCGCCUACCGCGCCCACGGGUACACGUACACCCGCGGCAUCGCCGUCAAAGAGAUCCUGGCCGAGCUCACGGGUCGUAAAGGCGGCGUGGCCAAAGGAAAAGGAGGUUCGAUGCACAUGUACGCUCCACAUUUCUACGGAGGCAACGGCAUCGUGGGCGCACAGGUUCCUUUGGGAGCCGGCAUCGCGCUCGCCUGCCAGUACCAAGGCAACAACCAGGUGUGCGUCUCCCUCUACGGAGACGGAGCCGCCAAUCAGGGCCAGCUGUUUGAGGCGUACAACAUGGCCGCCCUCUGGAAGCUGCCGUGCAUCUUCAUCUGCGAGAACAACAAGUACGGUAUGGGGACGUCGGUGGAGAGAGCGUCAGCCAGCACCGACUACUACAAGAGAGGAGACUACAUACCAGGAAUCAGAGUGGACGGGAUGGACGUCCUGUGUGUCAGAGAGGCCACCAAGUUUGCUGCAGACCACUGCAGAGCUGGAAAGGGUCCCAUUAUCAUGGAGCUGCAGACCUACCGUUACCAUGGACACAGCAUGAGUGACCCGGGCGUCAGCUACCGCACUCGUGACGAGAUUCAAGAAGUGCGCAGCAAGAGCGACCCCAUCACCAUGCUGAAGGAGCGCAUGCUCAGCAACAACAUGGCCUCUGUGGAGGAGUUCAAGGAAAUUGACAUUGCGAUCCGUAAGGAGGUGGAGGAGGCGGCUCAGUAUGCGACCUCAGAUCCAGAGCCGCCGCUGGAGGACCUCUGCAACCACAUCUACAGCAACGACUCCCCGCUGGAAGUCCGCGGGACAAACCCCUGGGUCAAACUGAAGUCCGUCAGCUAGACGCACACACUCCAGAUACACAGCGACCUUCACAGACCCUGCGUACUGCACCCCGACCCUUCCUCGAUUCUUAGAUGAGUCCGCACCUGAACAGGACUCUGACCUGAAACCUGCCCGUGUUAUUUAUUCAUAGUUUUAUAGAGAGAAUAUAUUUAAGAUUUAUUUGUCUGUACGUCUGACCAGCCUGUCGGUGUCGCACCAUCAUCAUCAUCACCAUCAUCAUCAUCACCCUCAUCGAGCCGCUGCUGCAGAUGUGCUUUGUGUCGUAUGAGAAGAUUCUGUGUACUUCACAGGUUUUAAAUGUUUCAGGGCUGCACGUUAUACGCACAACUUAGCUUUCCUUACAUCUUCUCCAUGUGCUGCGUCUAUUCAGAUGUUUCCAACGUUUAACCUUCAGAUUCUGCUUUAAGAACCAACAUUUACUCAAGUACUGUACUUAACUCACGUAAUACUAUGUUACUUUAUACUUCACUACAUUUCAGAGGAAAUAUUGUGCUUUUAUUGUGUUCAGAUUAAUAAUGUGUAUAUAUUGCAGAUUAAGAUGCACAAUAUGUGAAUAUUAUAAUCCAGUAAUAUGAGAUUUAGUCUAAAAUGGGUCGUUCUGCGUCAUAAGUACUUUAUUUUUUAGUACUUUAAGUAUAUUUAGAUGCUAAUACUUUUACUUGAGUAACAUUUUGAAUGCAGGACUUUUACUUUCUAAAUGUACUCGAGUAAAACCUCGGAGUACUUCUUCCACCUGCUGCUCAUAGUGUGUGUGUGUGUGUGUGUGUGUGUGUGUAUUUAUUUGAGUUGUAGGACUUUACAGUUCGAGGUUUCUGAAUAUUAAGAUGACUGUUGAUCAGCAUCAGAUCCCUGAACUCAAUACUUCAGGUUUUAUCCAACGUUUGCUUCGCUGGACAACUUCCCAAAUAAGACAAAGUGAACGUGUGAAUCUAGUUUGUUGAUUUAAAAGAUGGAAGAAACUGAAGACGGUGCAAUAUAUAGUUUCUGUUUGGAGAUCUUGUGACUGUUCGUGUAACGAUGCUCCGAAAAUGUGCAACAAGUAUAUCUCUGUGUUCGCUUGUGGGAAAAUGUGAAGCGGAGAAGAAACUGCAGCAUCGACGGGAUUCUCUGUUCCUCAUGUCACAAACUUCUGUUCUUCACUCUAAAACCUGAACUUGUACAGAUCUGAAGGUGUGUGUGUGUGUGUGUGUGUGUCUCAAAGACUGUUUGUUUGGCUGUAAAUAAAUGCAUAAAGAAAGCGUGAAGAUAAAUUGUGUUAAUUACGAA